AUGGUAAUGGAUAAAUAUUUUCCCCUCUCAUUCAGAGAAAAGAAGGAGACUGAGUUCUUUGAGUUGAAACAAGGGAACAUAAUGAGCGGUAAUGCCCUAUCCACACCACACCUAGUUGAUACAGAAGAUAAGAUGAUAGCCAGGUUCACGAAAGGAUUGAGAACUGACAUCAAAGGAAUUAUGGCUGCACAUGUGAUCGAGGAUUUCAGUGAUCUGGUUAAGCGAGCCGAAGAGGUGGCGACGACUCUUGGAUCAAACAUCCCUGCACCAAAGCCAACCAAUCAACCUAUAAAAAGGAAGUGGGAUAACCACAAUCAAGGCGGAGGGAAUUUCCAAGAUAAGAGGCCGAAGUUUGGUGGAAAUACUAGUGCGGGAACAAUAGGGACAAAACCACAAUGCCAGAAAUGUGGAAAAUUUCACUAUGGAGAGUGCAUGUGGGGUAAAGGAGUUUGUUUCUUCUGCCAUGAAUCAGGACACACUGUGCAAAACUACCCUAAGACAAAGAAAAAUGUGCUAGAUGGAAAGAAGAAUGUUGGGCCAGAAAAGAAAGGAAAUGCCCUAUUCUUCGCUUUAGCAGAUCAAGAAGCAGCGGAAGAUGACGACAUAAUGACUGGUACGUUACUUAUAUUUGGAAUACCAGCGGUUGUUCUAUUUGAUUCUGGAGCUUUGCACUAG